AUGGUUCUCGCCAUCGACAAACGACAAUAUCGACGACCACCACCGACGACCACGAAUUCAGUCAAGAUGGUCAACCUUACAACUCAGAAACGUCUGGCGGCUUCCGUCGUCGGCUGCGGAAAGCGCAAGAUUUGGCUCGACCCCAACGAGACCAGCGAAAUCUCCAACGCCAACUCCCGUCAAACCAUCCGCAAACUCGUUUCCGAUGGCCUCAUCAUCCGCAAGCCAGUCACCAUGCACUCCCGCGCACGCGCUCGUGAACUCACCGCUGCACGAAGAAUUGGUAGACACCGUGGUUUCGGUAAGAGAAAGGGUACCGCAGAUGCCCGUAUGCCAAGCCAAGUUGUCUGGAUGCGUCGUCUUAGAGUCCUCAGACGUCUCUUAGUCAAGUACCGUGCCAGCGGCAAGAUCGACAAACACCUUUACCACGAGCUUUACCACUUGAGCAAGGGUAACACUUUCAAGCACAAGCGUGCAUUGGUCGAACACAUUCACAGAGCUAAGGCCGAGAAGGCACGUGAAAGACUCCUCAAGGAGGAGAUGGACGCCAAGCGUGCGAAGACCAAGGCUGCCCGCGAGAGAAAGGCAGAGAGAAACCAAGCCAAGAAGGCAGCUCAAUUCGGCGAGGCAGAGGAGACCGAGACAAAGUAA